UGGAAGAUUCCAUCUGCUUUUUCUAUUAAUUCCUUAUGUUCAAACAAGCGUGUCCUACAAUUAAAAAAAAUAUUCAACAGCGUCUAUUUGGCAGUUUGGUUUCUCCCAAGGAACUGAAGGCGGCUUUGGGUUCUGUCAAGAUCUUGGACGGUUCUUGGCAUAUGCCGAAUACAAACCGUGACCCAUUUGCUGAGUUCCUUCAGAAACGUAUUAUCGGUAGUCAAUUUUUCGGCAUAGACACUAUCAAGGACACUUCAAGCGACCUCCCACAUAUGCUACCUUCACCAGAAGUCUUUGCCAGUGCUGUUGGCAAUUUGGGCAUCAGUGAAGAUGAUCAUAUUGUGGUUUAUGAUACUGCAGGCGUUUUUUCUGCAUGUCGCGUCUAUUGGACAUUUAAGGUAUUUGGUCAUGAAUCUAUUUCUGUUUUGAAUGGAGGCUUGCCUUUAUGGGAAAAAAGCGAUGGUCCUAUCGAAACAGGAUCACCAAAACCUGUAGAACCCAAAACCUACCGCAUCCCAAAACUCAAUAAGGAUUUUGUUCGAGAUUAUCAAGCCGUUUUGGCAAAUGCUCGCUGUAUUCAACAGGGACAAACAGGCGCACAAGUUUUGGAUGCACGUCCUUAUGCUCGCUUCACCGGUGAAGCACCAGAACCUAGGGCCGGUUUGAGUUCUGGACAUAUGCCAGGUUCCAUUAGUGUUGCGUUUAAUGAAGUGGUUCACGAUGGUGUCAUGUUGGAUGAUGAAAAAUUGCGCCAAGUGUUUGAAUCAAAACGUAUUGAUCUCGAUAAAGAAGUCAUUACCAGUUGCGGAAGCGGAAUCACUGCCUCUAUAUUGUACUUAGCUUUGGAGAGAGUGGGUGCUCGUAAACUAGCUGUAUAUGACGGUAGUUGGACUGAAUAUGCUGGAAAACCAGAUAGUCUCAUCGUAAAAGACAAAUAAAAAUCUCACCAUGCAAAUGUUUCACUCUGA